AUGAAAACCGAACUAUUUGCGUUGAGAGAUCAUAUCUUUGAGCGCGGUCUCCAAAGUGGUAUUGGCAGCGACAUAAUAGUAACGGUGCCGGCAUGGGACAAAGAGUACAAGCUCCACCGACUGAUCCUGGACCAGAUCCCAUACUUUCAAGUUUUAUUUGAAGGCAGCUUCCAGGAAACAUCUUCUGACAAAAUCACUUUGCAGUUCGACAAUCCUUAUAUUACCGCUGAAGCAUUUCAACUAGUGCUAAAUUGUGUUUAUGGCCGCAAACAGCUCGAUAUCACCGCCGCAAACGUUCUGGAAGUAUUGAGCCUUUGUUCGUAUUUCCAGCUCCAUAAUCCGGGCGACGUGUGCAUCAAGUACAUCACUGAACAUAUAAGGUCUACCAAUGUACUCGAUUAUCUAAAAUAUGCGGAGGACAAUUCACCGUAUGGAGAAGACCGCAUUUACGGAGCUGGUCUAACGUACUUAUGUCGCGAAGCUUUUGACAUGGAAGAUAGCGCACUUACUACGCUCUCGCCGAAGUGGCUGCAAAAGAUAGUUGAAAGUGAUACAUUCUGGGUGCCAAGUGAAUAUGAUCGAUAUCAGUUCGUUCAUCGCAUACUGAAGUUAUGGUUCUCCGAAAAGCAAACUAUGACUGAGGUCGAGAUCGCCCACCAAAGAGGAUUCAAUAUUUCGCAAGGUUCAGUCUACGGCGUUGACGAGUGGAACACUUGCUACAGCUUUCGGAUGGAGUGCACAAGGUCCGUCGGCAGGUCAUGCUCUCUCUAUAUGGAUGCACGUGAAGACAUAAAAGUAUGGAUGAAGCUCGUUGUUUCCCAGUCUGAUACGAACACCUGGUUUGACCUGUUUCAGGGCAAACCGAUCAUAUUAAGGGAAGAUAAGUACACCAAAGGGAUUAGCGAUUUCAAAGUCACCAGUUUUAUUACUCAAAACAAGCCUCCUAAUCGCGAUGACUCGGGCGAAAUAUACUUUCGCGUCUCCAUGUUGCUGGGUUUGAUGUAA